CACUAAAGCGUUCUCUGCGCCGUUUCCGGUCGUGACGUAACACGGAGCGUUCCUUUCCCCGUGCCGUCAGCGGACCCCAACGUGUCCCGACAAAAUGGCACUUUAUAAUUUCAAGAAGAUUAUGGUGGUUCCCACCGCAAAGGAUUUCAUCGACAUCACUUUAUCCAAAACUCAAAGGAAGACGCCGACGGUGAUACACAAGCAUUACCAGAUCCACCGUAUCCGACACUUUUACAUGCGAAAGGUGAAGUUUACCCAGCAGAACUACCACGACCGCCUCACGCAGAUCCUCACCGACUUCCCCAAGCUCGACGACAUCCAUCCGUUCUACGCUGAUCUGAUGAACGUGCUGUACGACAAAGACCAUUACAAACUGGCCUUAGGACAGAUCAACAUCGCCAAGAAUCUGAUCGAUAACGUUGCCAAAGACUACGUGCGUCUGAUGAAAUAUGGAGAUUCUCUGUAUCGGUGUAAACAGCUGAAGAGAGCUGCUCUCGGUCGAAUGUGCACCAUCCUGAAAAGGCAGAAGUCGAGUCUGGAGUAUCUGGAGCAAGUGCGUCAGCAUCUGUCCCGUUUGCCGACCAUCGACCCCAACACCAGGACUCUGCUUCUGUGCGGUUACCCCAACGUCGGCAAGUCCAGUUUCAUCAACAAGGUGACCAGAGCAGAUGUUGAUGUGCAGCCUUACGCUUUCACCACCAAGUCUCUGUUUGUGGGUCACAUGGACUACAGAUACCUGCGCUGGCAGGUGGUGGACACCCCCGGUAUCCUGGACCACCCCCUGGAGGAGAGGAACACCAUCGAGAUGCAGGCCAUCACGGCUCUGGCUCACCUGCGAGCGGCGGUUCUUUACGUCAUGGACAUUUCUGAGCAGUGCGGUCACACCCUGCAGGAGCAGCUGGAGCUGUUCAACAGCAUCCGACCGCUGUUCGCCAACAAGCCGCUCAUCAUCGUGGCCAACAAAUGUGACGUAAAGAAGAUCAACGAGCUGUCGGAGGAGAAUCAGAAAAUCUUUGCAGACCUCUCUGCCCAGGGAAUCUCUGUGACGGAGACCAGCACCCUGACCGAGGAGGGAGUCAUGCAGGUUAAAACCGAGGCUUGUGACUGGCUCCUCGCCCAUCGUGUCGACACCAAGAUGAAGGGCAAGAAGGUCCAUGAUGUUCUCAACCGGCUCCACCUGGCCAUGCCCGCCAAGAGAGACGAUAAGGAGAGGCCUCCGUUCAUCCCAGAGGGAGCCUUGAUGCGCAAGAAAGCGAUGGAGGUGGACGCACCCAAACGCAAACUGGAGAAAGAUCUGGAGAUGGAGCUGGGUGACGACUACGUUCUGGAUCUGCAGAAAUACUGGGACCUGAUGAACGAGGACGAGAGGCACGAUAAGAUCCCUGAGGUCUGGGAGGGACACAACAUCGCAGAUUACAUCGAUCCUGACAUCAUGAAGAAACUGGAGGAGCUGGAGAACGAGGAGGAGCUGAAGGAGCGAGCCGGAGAGUACGACUCGGACGACGAGAGCGAGGACGAGGAGAUGCAGGAGAUCCGCGUCCUGGCCAAACAGAUCCGCGAGAAGAAGCAGCUCAUGGUCGCCAAGUCGAAGGAGAAGGACGUGCACGGGCCUCGCAUGCCCAGGACCACCACCAAGGUUGAAAGGAAGAAGCUAGAGAAGGAGAUGAGCGACCUCGGCCUGGACAUGAACGACAAGGACGAGAGCCACUACGCCCAGCAGGCCCGACGGUCCCGCAGCGUCGCCAAGAAACGUAAGCGUGAAGCUUCUUCAGCCCCUCCCACCUCCAAAACCCGCAGCCAGAGCGCCUCCCGUCCGCCACGAGACCAGUCCGGUUUGAGAGAUCCUAAGAUGGCAAAGAAGGCAAAGAAGAUGAUGAAGAACUCCCAGAAAGGCAUGAACCGCCAGGGCAAGAAGGGAGAGUCCGACAGACACGUGUUUGACCUGAAACCCAAACACCUCCUGGCCGGGAAGAGGAAGUCAGGCACCACCGACCGCAGAUAAAACUGCUUUCUCUGGACUGUUCAGACCUCUGCACCCUUUUUGUCUGUGUGGAGAUGUGUCUUUAUCCUGUACGUUUUCCCCAGCAGUGAAGAGAACAUCAAAUAUCUUCCCUGGUAUUUAGUAUAAAAUAAAGCUGCUGGGGAAAAUGCACCAGCCCAUUUAAAUGAUUAGUAAUUAUAAUGAUAGUGUCUUUUAUUCGUCAGCUCUCUUGAGUUUUUGCUCACAAAAUUAAAACAUGCAGAAAACAACUAUAUGGAAAAGCAGAGACUGAAGAACUUGGACCCUGGUUCACAGUGAAUGUGUGAGAUAUUAUUCAGCUGAUAAACUGAUUUGUACACAGUUUCACCAGUUUUUCUCUUGGCAGUCGCGUCAAGUGAACUUUCUGCCUUCCAGUUUGUUUGUGGCUCAGGAAAUGUUGGGUUUACUUUGGAUAAAGUGAUGAUUCCUUUACAAGCCUCAACUUCAGAAAUAUUCAUUAACAAGGAAGCUAAAUAAAUAUACACCUGAACUAAA